GGUUGGAUGGAGGCGGCGCUUUCUUUUAACCCUUUCCUCGGUCGCUCCCUUGCCCUUGCUGUUUCUGAGAGUGGCGAGUGGAGAAGCCAUACGCCCGGAUUUUCCCGGGCAUUAACAUUUAUUUAUUUAUUUAUUCAUUUAUUCAUUCAUUCAUUUGCGAACACACAGCCUGGAGAUCUUUAUGACCUCCUUACUUAAAUGUACACCUAAAAGCAUAUCAAAAUCCAGCAGUAGUGGACAGUAGUAGUUGACCUCCUGACAGGUGAGUUGCUCCCUCCUCCUCCUGCCAACAGGUAAGCAUCAGUAACUCACCUGGUAAGCAUCUCUGUCGCACGACAGGAAUUCCAGAUAACAACUUCUUGCUGGUCUUUCUUUAACGUUUCACAUUGGUAUCCCUUCCUUGCUGCCAGGAGCUUGGCACUGCCUCACAACAACGACCUUGCGAGGUAGUACACAAUCGGUUCCGACGAUCCACAGAACCGCUUUAUACCUCCCUGCUGCCUCAAGAUGAAAAAAACCCAAAUGCUGCAUGCUCUGCUGCUAGAUUCUGCGCUUCCAGGAUGAAUAUUCGCCAAAGAUGGUUUGCACCACAAACUAGGCUCCAAAUGCAAGACAGGUUGUUUUAACCAUUUGUCCCUGUUUUCUAUUGUUAUAGGAAUUCUAAGGUCUCAAAUAUAGGAUAAAUGUUGAUAAUUGCACAAGGUAAACACACAUAAGUACAGUGCUUUUUUUUCUGGGGGUACGCAUACCCCUAAACAUUUUGUGAAUACACAUGGUGUCAAAUACGUAUUUGUGGCCUUAUAAUGUGUGUAGUGGCCUGAUUUAAAAACAGAUGCGUUUGGCUCGCAAAAUAUGGAUGUACAGCACUUACAUCCUAUAGAUCAUUUAUGAAUUAUGCAUACAUAAAUAACAUUCUCUGACACCUAGGAAUUUCAGUCUGGGUUAUCCCCAACAAAAAGGAUUCUUUUUUGGGGGGGAAAGUAGUUUUAAACAUUCCUGCCCCCCCCAUCCAUUAUAAAUCAUUUCCCAAUACACUUUUACCUUUUUACAUGUCCACCACAUAUGGCAAAACGUUCCCUCAGCUUCUUUACACUUCCAACACAUAUCUGAUUCUCUUUUAUAAAUCUUAGCCAACCUACUCGGAGUUAAGUAACAUUUAUGAAUCAUUUUCGAAUAAUUCUCUUUCCAUGAAUAACAUGCAGUAAAUUUCAGGUCACUUUUCCAGAGUUUCUCCAAGAGGUUGAGAUUUAUAUUGUGUUUUAUAUCUAUUGCCGAGUGUGUCACUGGAGCUUUAACAAGCUCGUCUUUUGUUUCCCAUUCUAGUAGAAAAUUAUACAUUUUAGACAAAAGUUUAUCCUUAUUUUGAAAAUAUAAGUGCAACAACUUUGCCCAAUAUGCACCAAUAUGUUGCCCUUGUCCGUAUGGUCGCUAAAUCAGUGACACAGGUCAUGGGGUGGGGGAUACUCCCUAGGAAAAAUAUUGUAGAAAUUAUAUAUUGGCUUGCAAAUAUGAAAAUAUAACAAUGGAGCCCCAAUGCUCAGCGACCUUUGGAAGAGGCAGAAUCUCUCAGGUAUGCGUGGGGGCAGGCGAUAGACAGAAAAUAGGUGGGAGCAGAGCUGGAGCUGAUUCUUACUUUUGUGGUUUUAUUUGCAGAGAAGAAAUGUGAUCAGCGAGGACUUAGAGGAGUUCUGGCGGAAUAGUUUCGUGGUGAUAUCCCUUCACCUCGUCACCCAGCACGUCAUUCUCAGGUUACCAGAUCUGUAAGGGCCAUGAGAAAACAGAGGAUGACUGAUGAUUGUUGGAGCUCUAGAGGACGAUGCCACUCUGACUAUAGCUGCGGGAAGAAGUAUGGCAGAGUCUUUUGCUUUUAUGCUCUCCGUGUGAGGUUGCACUGGGCAUGAAUGUUUUCACCUAGAGAACGGCUUGGGAUAUAUAUUUUUGUCUACAGCCAGAGGAGCAAAGCUUCUCCACAAUGAAGCUCAGCUUUGCCUUUAGCCUCUCCUUGGUUUUUGCAGUGGGAAUGCUUCAUGGUAAGAGACUUUUUCCAUAGCAGGGAGGCAUGAAGGAGGGUGUUAGAGUUGAAAUAUGGCAACCCUGCUACAGACUCUCAACAAUUUCAGUAUGCAGAGAUGCAGAUGCAUAAUUUUAAUAAUUCUAGGAAACUAGGAGGGUGUCACUACAUGGCAGCGUAGUCUCAUGGAAAGAAACAGGGUUAGCAAUGAGGUGGAGGGAACGUUCUUUCACAUGUGGUGGACCUGUAAAAGGGUAAAAAAGUAUUGGGAAAUAAUUUAUAACGAAUUGGAAAAAAUGUUUAAAAGCACCUUUCCAAAGAAACAACAACCAGAGUCCUUUUUGUUGGGGACAAUUCAGACUGAAAUUCACAGGUGUCAGAAAAGGUUAUUUAUGUAUGCCACUACGGUGGCCCGUGUUUUGUUAGCCCCAAAAUGGAAAACAGGAGACGUCCCAACCAAAGAAGAAUGGCAACUUAAACUGAUGGAAUAUAUGCAGCUUGCAGAUCUAACUUGUAGAAUAAGAGAACAAGAAGAACAUUUGUUUAAAGAAGAUUGGGAAAUGUUUAUUGAAUAUAAUGGGAGGAAAUUGUGUACACUUGAAAACACUGGCAGCAGUAAGAUAAAUUCAGCAGUGUAAAUAGGUUUUGAUGGAUGUAACAGUGGAAUUCUGAAUGGUUUAGUUUAUAUAAAAUAUGCAGGGAUUUAUGCUAGGCAGAAUGAAUCAAGGAAUGAGAAGAAGGGAAGUCACUGAUAUUUUAAGGUUGUCUAAAUGAAUAUUCUAAAUUGCAAAACAGAAAAUUACACACACACACAGAGCGCUUUUUUUCUAAAAAAAAUGUUUAGGGGUACUCUCAUUUUACUACUCGUAUUGAAUUACUGCCCCUCAAUGAGGCCAAACUUAGAUUCACAAAAUGUUUAGGGGUAUGCAUACCCCUGCGUCCCUCCAGAAAAAAGCACUGUAUAUAAAGAGAGAGAGAGAGAGAGAGAGAGAGAGAAACGGGGUUAGGGUUGGAAUAUGGCAACCCUGCUACAGACGCUCAACAAUUUCAGUAUGCAGAGAUGCAAAUGCAUAUUUUAAUAAUUCUAGGAAACUAGGAGGGUGCCACUACAUGGCAGCGUAGUCUCAUGGAAAGAAACGGGGUUAGGACAGAGUUUUAGCACCUGAAGUUUAACCUCCAUGGUUUCCUUUUAAAGAACUCUGGGAACUGUAUUUUUGGGAGGUGCGAAGAAUUCGUUUUUAGCAAUCCUAGCCCCGUUAUUGAACUACAGUUUCCAGGGUCCCUUGACUUGCAGCUGUUUUACAUUUCUAUUGUAGAAAUGGCACCAAGUGCUUAACAAACUAUCCCCAACAACCAACCUUGCCUUUUAAAAUGUAUAAUACUGUAUACUACUGCAAAUAUCAUAAUCGGCUCAUGUGGCUCUGGAGGUCAGAAGCCAAAUACUGUAAGUUUACAAUGGACGAUGUAAAAUAAAUAUAUAUGUUUUAUACAGUUGCUAAGGCAGCACAAGGGAAAUAUGCUCAAAUGCUCUUUAAUGAGCUCUUUGAAGACUAUUCAAAUGCUCUCAGACCAGUGGAAGAUACAGACAGCGUACUGAAUGUCACUCUUCAGAUCACUCUCUCCCAAAUAAAGGAUAUGGUAAGUAAAAGAGGUCUAUAUUCUACAGAUGGAAAGCCCCUGAUCUUGUCUGUCAAUUUUGAAUUGCAGAGGCUUAAGGACUUUUGUUUUUAUCUUGCUGCUUCUACGUACUUGAAGCAUAGCUGUCAACUUACAGAUUUGAAAAUAAGGGAUCAGCAGCCAAAAUAAGGGAUCAACAAUUACUUUGAUAAAAUACAUAUUUUGUUGCGUGCAAAUGGCUUUAGAUACCUAUUAGGUCCAUAAAUGACCAUAUAGCACAUAUUCAACACAAAAAAAGCAACAAUUUGUUGUUGACAAAGGACAGCUGGACAUAGAAAGGGCCCCAUUACUUUCAGUAGCUUAUUUAAGGGACAUCAUCAAUAAGGGACAGCAGCGGGACAUGGCACUGGGAUAAGGGACUGUCCCGCCAAAUAAGGGACGCUUGACAGCUAUGACUUGAAAGAAGACUUUGAUAUGGUUUGUUUCUCUUUUUCUUUGCUAAAAUCCCAUGGUUCCUUCUCUGACUCACUGAAAGGGAAUUACAGGCUGAAACUUACAUUGGGUUUUGUUAGGAUCUGUAACGCGCCUGUCAUCCUUGAGCUGCCUAGUUUAUGGUUCUAACUGCAAUACUCUAUUUGUUUUUUUAAUUAUAAUUGAACAUACAUGCUAUUGUGAUAACCCCCGCCCUGAGACCUUAUGACAAAGGGUGGCUAAGAAACAGAAUAAAAAAUUUCCUGUAUUAAUGUUAGUAAUGCACUCCGGUUUUCAUUUUCCCAUGUGGAAAAUGAGAGAGCCAGUGUGGUGGUGUGGUUAAGAGCAGUAGUCUCGUAAUCUGGGGAACCGGGUUCGCGUCUCCGCUCCUCCACAUGCCGCUGCUGGGUGACCUUGGGCCAGUCACACUUCUUUGAAGUCUCUCAGCCCCACUCACCUCACAGAGUGUUUGUUGUGGGGGAGGAAGGGAAAGGAGAAUGUUAGCUGCUUUGAGACUCCUGAAGGGGAGUGAAAGGCAGGAUAUCAAAUCCAUGUAGACAAUUAAGACACUUACUCCUUAUGAUAAGAAGCAGUAGUUGAGCUACAAGUGAGUUACUUUUUUUGUUACGUGAUUAUAUCAGGCCAACACAGAAAUACCAAUUUUUUUGCUCUGUAAGACUCACUUUUUCCCUCCUAAAAAGUAAGGGGAAAUGUGUGUGCGUCUUAUGGAACGAAUGCAGGCUGCGCAGCUAUCCCAGAAGCCAGAACAGCAAGAGGGAUUGCUGCUUUCACUGCGCAGUGAUCCCUCUUGCUGUUCUGGCUUCUGAGAUUCAGAAUAUUUUUUUUCUUGUUUUCCUCCUCCAAAAACUAGGUGCGUCUUGUGGUCUGGUGCGUCUUAUAGAGCGAAAAAUAUGGUAUAUAUUGAUCACAAUCUAAAGAGGAUUCUCUCUGCCCCGUUUGCCCCAUAUUCCUUCCCUGGGGUGCAAUCUGAGAAGAAUAUGGGUAUUUUAAUUAUAUCGGUGGGGCAGAUUGUGGAACUCCUUCCCUUUUGUCUCAGUUAGUCAUGCCUACAUCCUGUUGAAAUCAGUGUGUCAGGGGAGCUCAGUAAACCUAGCCCAAACUUUGCCAACCUGGUCCCUUUCGGAUGUUUUGAACCACAACUCCUAUCAGCCUCACCCCAGUUGCAGUCCAAGACAAAAAGCAAAAUCUGACUUAAGCAAAGCAGUAUAUAUGACUGAAGAUACUGCUGAGCUCUGGCUCCCCUGUGUGAUGUGUUUUUAUGAACACCAAAAAAUGUAAGCAGACCACAAAGGUCUUUGCAGAUGCAUAUUUUAAUAAUUCCAGGAAACUAGGACUGCUGCAGCCACCCACUGUGUCGAUGCAUGAUGGAAAACUGCCAUCAUGACGUGACAAAGAAAGCACAAUCUAUAAUUAUGUCACCGAGGUUCUAACUAUGUCAACUUUUCUGUGAAUCAGCUCUGUGUGUUGCCACAGAGCAGUACAUUCACUUUUAGAUCUACAACAUGUUCCAAAAUAACCUUCUGGAUGUGUUGACUUGCAGACAUGUUCGUGCGAGAAGCUUUAGCUGAUUGUCAAAGCACAUGCAAAAUGUCCCAGGUUUAAUCCUGGACAUCUCCUUUUUUAUUAGUUUUUUAUUUAUAUUUUUCAAAUUUACACAUUUCAUUAGUUUUACAAUCAAUUUAACAUUUCCAAAUUUUGUCUUCCUUCCCCCUCUUUCUGUGGUUCCUUAAAUUAUUAUUAUUUAUAUCUUCUGCAUUUCCAAGUUCAUUUAACUUGCUCAUUUAUUUAUCUGCUGUAAAUAUAUAUUCUUAUAAAACUGCAGCUUAUUAUAUUAAUCCCGCCAAUGUUCUUAUCUGUUUACAAUUUAUCUGUAAAUAUUCAAUAAACAAUUUCCCUUCUUUUAUAAAAAGUUUGUUAUCUUGAUUUCUUUUUCUUCUGGUAAGUUUUGCCAUUUCUCCAUAUUCCAUAAGUUUGUGUACCCGUUCUUCUUUUUCUGGGACUUCUGCUUCUUUCUGCUUUGGGGCAAGUAACAUUCUUGCUGCUGUAGUAGCAUACAUAAAUCAAUUUCUAUACAAUUUAGGUAGUUCUGUCCCUAUAAUUCCCCAAAGAAAAGCUUCUGGGUUGUGGUUUUUAUAAAAGUUAUUUUGAACAUCCUUUUCAAUUCAUUAGAUAUCAUUUCCCAAUAAACUUUAACCUUACUACAAGACUACCACAUAUGAUAAAAAGAACCUUCUUUCUCUUUACAUUUCCAGCAUUGGUUUGAUUUAGAUUUAUACAUUUUUGCCAGUUUGCUUGGAGUUAGAUACACCAUUGAGAUAUCAUUUUCAUAUAAUUUUCUCUUAAACCAUUUGUUGUUGUUUAGUCGUUUAGUCGUGUCCGACUCUUUGUGACCCCGUGGACCAGAGCACACCAGACACUCCACUGCCUUCCACUGCCUCCCGCUGUUUGGUCAAACUCAUGUUCGUAGCUUUGAGAACACUGUCCAACCAUCUUGUCCUCUGUCGUCCCCUUCUCCUUGUGCCCUCCAUCUUUCCCAACAUCAGGGUCUUUUCCAGGGAGCCUUCUCUUCUUUUGAGGUGGCCAAAGUACUGGAGCCUCAGCUUCGGGAUAAUAAUAAUAGUAAUAAUAAUAAUUUGUUAUUUAUACUCCGCCCAUCUGGCUGGGCCUCCCCAGCCACUCUGGGUGGCUUCCAUAGAAACCAAAAAUACAGUAAAAUAUCACACGUUAAAAACUUCCCUGAACAGGGCUGCCUUAAGAUGUCUUCUGAAUGUCAGGUAGUUGUUUAUCGCUUUGACAUCUGCUGGAAGGGUGUUCCACAGGGCGGGCGCCACUACCGAGAAGGCCCUCUGCCUGGUUCCCUGUAGCUUUGCUUCUCACAAUGAGGGAACCGGCAGAAGGCCCUCGGCGCUGGACCUCAGCGUCCGGGCAGAGCGAUGGGGGUGGAGACGCUCCUUCAGGUAUACUGGACCGAGGCCGUUUAGGGCUUUAAAGGUCAGCACCAACACUUUGAAUUGUGCUCGGAAAUGUACUGGGAUCUGUCCUUCCAGUGAAUACUCAGGGCUGAUUUCCUUCAGAAUGGAUAGGUUUGAUCUUCUUGCAGUCCAUGGGACUCUCAAGAGUCUCCUCCAGCACCAUAAUUCAAAAGCAUCAAUUCUUCGGCAAUCAGCCUUCUUUAUGGACCAGCUCUCACUUCCAUACAUCACUAAAUUUUAUAUCCAUAUUCCACAAUCAUUCUCACGCUUCCAAAUCUAUGUUAUGAGCGAUAUCUAUUGCUAAUCCCGGACUUCUCCAGACAGGACGUUGAGAUACUGUUUUUCAAGGGAGCGCAACCUAUGGCUCCUUACAUGUCUUUGGGUUCUCAGCUCCCUUCAUCCUCAGCUAGCAUAGCCAAUAGUCAAGGAUAAUGGGAGUUGUACAAUAUACGGUCUGAUUCUGUGUAAGACUGCUUCCUGUGUUCCUAACUUUAGGCCUCCUGUCAUAUUCCAGGAUGAGAGAAACCAAAUUUUGACCGCCUACCUAUGGAUUCGACAAACGUGGUACGAUGCCUAUUUGAAGUGGGACAAGGAUGAAUAUGAUGGGCUGGAUUCUAUCCGAAUCCCCAGCAAUCUGGUAUGGAGACCGGACAUUGUCCUUUAUAACAAGUAAGUCUGGCCUGGGAAGGUUUCUUACAAAUGUGCAAGUAAGAAUCUAGCUCUAUGCUUAUUUAUCUAUUCAUUGGUGGGGGAAGUGAAGGAUCUGGGGCCAGCUUGCAGAGAGAAGUUGCCUGGGGAAAAUGAUAGAUGUGUACUUUGUGUAAAUUGCAUCCCUUUUGCAGUAGGGAACAAGUGAUUGCCAGGCAUUUGGAAACACAAAUUGGCCGGCAAAAAGUACCGUAUUUUUCGCUCUAUAAGACGCACCAGACCACAAGUCGCAACUAGUUUUUGGCGGAGGAAAACAAGAAAAAAAAUAAUUCUGAAUCUCAGAAGCCAGAACAGCAAGAGGGAUCACUGCGCAGUGAAAGCAGCAAUCCCUCUUGCUGUUCUGACUUCUGGGAUAGCUGUGCAGCCUGCAUUCGCUCCAUAAGAUGCACACACAUUUCCCCUUACUUUUUAGGAGGGAAAAAGUGAGUCUUAUAGAGCAAAAAUUAUGGUAGUUCUGGUUUCAAAUGAUCUUGUGAGCUUAGGCCCAACAAGCCACCUACGGUCACCUUUCAUCUGGUUGAAUGAUCAACUCAUGAAAUCUUCACUUGCCCCAAGCUUUUAUUUCCUUUGGUAGGAAAUCUAGGUUAUUUCACAACACUUGUGUUACUUCCAUCAGACAUCUCUAGUCACCAGAUAGGUUGUUGACACAUAAAAUAUUUUCUCUUUCAUCUACGUAAGAAAAAGGAUGUGAAAAUUGCACGUGCCUAUACUGAAAGGUGUAUGAAUGCCACAGUUUCAAAAGUGCUAAGGAAAAGCUCUCUCAUGGUCUGGCAGACAGCCAGGCAUGUCAUGUUUUGAAUCUGUUUAUUAAGGUAGCUCAAUGACAAUUCACACCCUGGCCAUUUCAUUCCGAUAUUGACUCUUGAGUAAAGUCAUUCAGAAGGUAUUCAAACUCUAAACACCUUUAAAGUAUAUAUUGUCUUUUAUGUGGGCAGUAUGUUGUUGAUGUUAUCCUUAGUAUUUAUGAAGGAUAAUUAGAAUCAUAGAAUGGUAGAGUUGGAAGGGACACCAACGGUCAUCUAGUCCAACCCCCUGCAAUGCAGGAAUCUCAACUAAUGCAUCCAUGACAGAUGGCCAUCCAACCUCGGCUUAAAACCCUCUCACGUAAAAGUGAAAUGUGGUUGCUUGUUCAGCUUCAUACAUCUUCAAUUGAUGUAAAAAAUCUGCUAUUAAGCACAUUUAAAACUGUGGUUCUGCCUUUCACACAUACAGCUCACAGUGGGACAGAGGCUCAAAAGCACUUUGCACAAGAUGUGUGAAGCCUGCUUUAGUAAAAUUAUAGGUGAGCUGAGAUGUGAACUGGGAGCUUGUGGCUUCCAUCCAGCCUGCCUUGUGCUGUUAUGGGAGCGUGGUGCUGUGGUCUAAACCACUAAGCCUCUUGGGCUUGCCGAUCUGAAGGUCGGCGGUUCGAAUCCCUGCGACAAGGUGAUUUAUCUGUAUAUACUUAUUGUUUUAUAUGUGUUUAUGGUGGUGUUGUUGUUGUUUUAGGGCUGAUGAUGACUUUUCCGAGCCCGUGAACACUAACAUUGUAUUGAGGCAUGAUGGCAAGAUUACUUGGGAUUCACCGGCUAUAACAAAAAGCUCAUGUGUGGUGGAUGUAUCUUACUUCCCCUUCGAUAGCCAGGAGUGCAACCUAACCUUUGGCUCUUGGACCUACAAUGGUAAUCAGGUAGAUAUUUUCAAUUCUUUAGACAGCGGCGACCUCUCAGACUUUAUAGAAGACGUGGAGUGGGAGAUUCACGGCAUGCCGGCUGUUAGGAAUGUGAUAACCUAUGGCUGCUGCUCAGAGCCUUAUCCAGAUGUUACAUUCACCCUUGUUUUGAAAAGGAAAUCAUCUUUCUAUAUAUUUAACCUGCUGCUUCCUUGUCUGUUGAUAUCUUUUCUGGCUCCACUGGGAUUCUACCUCCCAGCAGACUCUGGAGAAAAAGUGUCUCUGGGGGUCACUGUUCUGCUUGCCCUGACCGUGUUUCAGCUAAUGGUUGCGGAGAGCAUGCCGCCUUCUGAAAAUGUGCCCUUGAUCGGUAGGUAUCUGAGUGUUUAUACUUUUUACGGGCAAACAGCGAUUAUGUAAUUGAGCUGUGAGGGGUCCGUUAUUUGAUGAUGAUGUUGCCUGCUAUGGAGCAAGCCAGCCCCUCUGGAAUAAAGUGGUACAGUGGUGCCUCGCAAGACGAAAAGAAUCCAUUCCGCGAGUCUCUUCGUCUUGCGGUUUUUUCGUCUUGCGAAGCAAGCCCAUUAGCGGUUUAGCGGAUUAGCGCUAUUAGCGGCUUAGCGGGCUUAGCGGAUCAGCUGAUAAGCGGCUUAGUGGCUUAACGGAUCAGCUGUUAAGCGGCUUAGCGGAUCAUCUGAUAAGCGGCUUAGUGGCUUAACGGAUCAGCUGUUAAGCGGCUUAGCAGAUCAGCUGUUAAGCGGCUUAGCAGAUCAGCUGAUAAGCGGCUUAGCGAUCAGCUGUUAAGCGGCUUAGCGGCUUAGCGGAUCAGCUGAUAAGCGGCUUAGCGGCUUGGGAAAAAGGGGGGGGGAGGAAAAAAACCCCGCAGGAACUCGCAAGACAUUUUCGUCUUGCGAAGCAAGCCCAUAGGAAAUUCGUUUUGCGAAGCACCUCCAAAACGGAAAACCCUUUCGUCUAGCGGGUUUUCCGUCUUGCGAGGCAUUCGUCUUGCGGGGCACCACUGUACCUUGGUUCUUGAACUUAAUCUGUUCCGGGAGUCCGUUCGGCUCCUGAAACCGUUCAAAAACCAAGGCGUGCCUUCUGAUUGGCUGCAGGAGCUUCCUGCGCUCAAGCGGAAGCCGCGGCGGAUAUUCAGCUUCCGAAAAAUGUUCACAAACUGGAACACUUACUUCCGGGUUUGCGACAUUUGGGAGCCGAUUUGUUCGACAACUAAGCCGUUCGAGAACCAAGGUACCACUGUAUGUGAUGACACCGAACUCACUUCCUUUGCUGUAACUCAAAGCCAAACGUAGUCUUUGGGCUAAGAUGUCACGAACCUUUCAUACAAUAAAUAAACUUACAUAUCCAAUUCAUUUCCCCUUAUUGGAUACAAUGUGGCAAAACUUAGCUUAAGUCCCAUUGAUUCUGAUGGUUCUACUUUAAGCAAGAUUUAGUCUGUGCUAUGCAUUUAUUUAAGUUCCUCAAAUGUGACAUAAUCCUAACAUUUGGUACAAUGCAUUGCAAAAAUUGUGGGACGCGGGUGGCACUGUGGGUUAAACCACAGAGCCUAGGACUUGCCGAUCAAAAGGUUGGCGGUUCGAAUCCCCGCGACGGGGUGAGCUCCCGUUGCUCGGUCCCAGCUCCUGUCAACCUAGCAGUUCGAAAGCACGUCAAAGUGCAAGUAGAUAAAUAGGUACCACUCCGGCGGGAAGGUAAACGGCAUGUCCGUGCGCUGCUCUGGUUCGCCAGAAGCGACUCAGUCAUGCUGGCCACAUGACCCAGAAGCUGUACGCCGGCUCCCUCGGCCAAUAAAGCGAGAGUCGGCCAUGACUGGACCUAAUGGUCAGGGGUCCCUUUACCUUUACGUAUUUAUUUAAGUUCCUCAAAUGUGACAUAAUCCUAACAUUUGGUACAAUGCAUUGCAAAAUAACAAUCUCAUAUUUAAUGGGAUAAUUAUCCCAAAAAGUCCAGCUACAAUGUGCCAUGGGGGGGGGGGGCGAGCUGCAGAGCCGAUAUAGGAUAAGAAAUAAAACUCAGUCCUGCCUUCUUCCUGAUCCCCUAUGUUUGCCCUUGCAGAGCUGGUGGUGCUUUGUCUGACUGCCUAAGGUGCAUCCUGAAAUGAUAACUUUAGGGCUAUGAAGCAGGGAUUCCUUCCCCGGGGAGUUUGCCUGGUGCCAGCCUAGGUAUCUUUUAGGCACUGGGAGUUGGAGUCAACUAAGUUGUUCUGCUACUGGAAGUCGGCCUGAGGAUUCAAAUUAGUGCACUGGGACUUCCCCAUCUCCCUCGCAAUGCCCCCCACCUCACCCAAAUCCACUCUGAAGGAUUGGGAGAACCCUCAGAUUGGCACAUAGUGUUACCAGACAGGACAAUUGUCAUAGCGCAACAUUGAAUUCAACUCUGGGCAAAGACUCUCUCCGUGCUGUUGCUUGUUGUAUGCUGUUUGUCUUAGCAUGCUUUACAGUGCUUUGGAAGUAUUGAUGAAGGGCAAUAUUGAUUUUGUAGAAAACAAACCAACAGGGUCUAGCUGGCCACUUUUGGAGACAGAGUGAUGAACGAAGAGCCCUUUCGUUUGAUGCCAUAAGGCAAUUUUUGUGCAAGUGAUAGUUCACAUAUGGACAGAUUCCCUAGACUUAAAAGGAAAUGUGGUCCUUUCAAUUAUGCUAAUGUCUUGUAAUAAGGUAAAGGUAAAGGACCCCUGACCAUUAGGUCCAGUCGUGACCGACUCUGCAGCACUCAUCUAGCUUUAUUGGCCGAGGGAGCCGGUGUACAGCUUCUGGGUCAUGUGGCCAGCAUGACUAAGCCGCUUCUGGCGAACCAGAGCAGCGCACGGAAACGCCGUUUACCUUCCCGCUGGAGCGGUACCUAUUUAUCUACUCACACUCUGACGUGCUUUCGAACUGCUAGGUGGGCAGAAGCAGGGACCGAGCAACGGGAGCUCACCCCGUCGCGGGGAUUCGAACCGCCGACCUUCUGAUCGGCAAGUCCUAGGCUCAGUGGUUUAACCCACAGCGCCACCCGCGUCUUGUAAUGAUGUCCACCAAAUUCAUUGCCAGCUCUGGUUGUCAUGAACACGAUCGUAACAUUGAAUUCUGCUACGGACCAUUCUGAUAUGGGGCCAGAUUCAGCUACCUGGUCCUCCUAGUGAAAGCCCACACAAGGACUUCUGCUAGCACAAUGGGGCAUUCCCCUCUCCACGUGCCUUUGGGGACGGGGUCAGGAGAUCCCUUAGAACAGUACUCAUGUGGAGGAGAGGGGAGUUUGUUUUGUUGGGCCAGCAGAGAUGCUUUCACAGAAGGAAAGGUAAAGUGGGUGGCGGGUGAUGCUGUGGUCUAAACCACUGAGCCUCUUGGGCAGGCAUAGGCAAACUCUGGCCCUUCAGAUGUUUGGGACUACAAUUCCCAUCAUCCCUGACCACUGGUCCUGUUAGCUAGGGAUGGUGGGAAUUGUAGUCCCAAACAUCUGGAGGGCCAGAGUUUGCCUAUGCCUGCUCUUGGACUUGCCGAUCAGAAGGUUGGCGGUUCGAAUCCCUGCGACGGGGUGAGCUCCUGUUGCUCUGUCCCAGCUCCUGCCAACCUAGCAGUUCGAAAGCACACCAGUGCAAGUAGAUAAAUAGGUACCUCUGUGGCAGGAAGGUAAAUGGCAUUUGGCGUGGUGUUCCGUCAUGCCAGAAGCGGUUUAGUCCUGCUGGCCACAUGACCCGGAAAGCUGUCUGUGGACAAACGUCAGCUCCCUCGGCCUGAAAAGCAAGAUGAGCGCUGCAACUCCAGAGUCGCCUUUGACUGGACUUAACUGUCCAGGGGUCCUUUACCUUUUACCCUUUUUUUAACCACAGAAGGAACCAUGUCCUGGGAUAGCUCAGCGUCAUGGAUUCAAGCCCCACAUUGCAUAAAGAUUCCUGUAUUGCAGGGGGUUGGACUAGAUGACCCUUGUGUUCCCUUCCAGUCCUACAGUUCUGUGAUUUUGUGACCCUAUACCACUUUGAGCUCCUUGGAGGAAAGGGACAGAAACGUAAUAAAAUAAGCAAUAAACAUUUAGAACAGCGCAGCGUUAAACUCCUCCCGUGACUGCUUGUUGUUGUUAAUUCAAGCAUUUGAGCCGUCUUUUCCCCUCACCUCAUAGGUAAAUAUUACAUUGCUACUAUGACAAUGAUCACAGCAUCCACAGCACUGACCAUCAUUAUAAUGAAUAUCCAUUACUGUGGAUCAGGAGCCAAGCCUGUCCCACAGUGGGCGAGGGUGGUCAUCUUGGACUACAUGUCAAAGAUCUUCUUCGUUUAUGACGUUGGCGAAAACUGCACAAGUUUGCAACGUGUCAAAGAGCAGGACCCAAAGGUGGAAAAGACGAAUAGCGCUUGUCGAAAAGACCAAGACAGAUACGAAGGGACGAGGAGGCCACUUGCCAAGAUCCAGCACAGCAGCUGUGACCUCAAAAAGAAGCCCCCAGGUGAUGUUUGUGACGGCAGUGGAGUCCCAGGUGAAAAUGCCAGGGAUAUUGUUAGUUGCUGUUCCUGCUACAGAAUUCUGAUAAAGAAUAUUGAGUAUAUCGCUAGCUGCGUGAGACGCCACAAAGCCAACCACGCCAAAGGAGUGGAGUGGAAGAAGGUAGCCAAAGUGAUGGACAGAUUCUUCAUGUGGAUCUUUUUCAUCAUGGUCUUUUUCAUGAGCGUUUUGGUCAUUGGCAAAGCACUUUAAGGGGAAAUGCAACCAGGGCCGCAUAUUCCUCAAAUGCCCCCAUGUUAUAUUAAAAGAGCUUCGCCCGUGAUGAAAGUGGAUGACGUGUCUCCCCCAACCCUAGAACUUCAUUCUUAUCGAGUCUUCUCCAAUUCCACGUGGGGGCAAAACAUGUGCUUUCAGGAUGAAGGUCUGCGAUCUGAACCACACCUGACUUGGAAAUAAACUGCACGGUACUUCCUUCCAAGUAAAUGAGUACAGAACAAAAGUGCAUAUGUUUAUAGUUUUCCCUACUGUGAUGGACAUUUCCUGAAAGGAAGAAAGGAACUAUAGAAGUCCAAUUAUCUCCAACAAAAACCACUUUGGUCAAGGACAGAGUCUUAGACCUGGAUCAAGGAGGCUGAUCUCUAUAUGUACCUGUCUGUCUGUCUGUCUGUCUGUCUAUUUCUCUCUCUCUCUCUCUCUCUCUCUCUCUCUCUCUCUCUCUCUCUCUCUCCUUCACUGAGCUUGUUAGAUGGUUUCGUGCAAGUUUCUAUCCCUCAUUCUCUCUCGCGGUGGUGGUCAGGAUAAAAUUAGAUGACUGUACGUUAAGCUCAAGCUCAUUGGAGAGAGCAGGUCUGAUAAAUGCCAUAAUGAAUUCUUGCAUUGAGUGGGUUCUGUGAUUCUAUUAUUGUACAUAUCCACAUUCAUCAGCUUGACAUCUCAUCAUCCAAUUAUGAUGGCUAUGAAAGAUGCUUAGAUUAAUCUUGUAUCUUGCCCCUUGUUACUUGUUUGUAUAGUUAAUGUAAAAAAUAAACAUAAUAAAAAGCAAUGCCUUUUAAACCAGCAACCUUUUGAAAAUUUAUAGAUUUAAGGUUAACUUUUAAACUAACAGCUUGCAACAUCAACUCCUUUUAAAUGUUUUUGGUCCUGCCUAUAUUUGUCUAACUCUUUCAUUCUUUUCCUUUUUUCUCUGCUGUCCUUUCCCCUCUCUCUAUCCUUUUUUCAUUUUUCUCCUUAUGCCUCUCUCCAGAUCAUGGAGAGUGGCAACUCAUGUGCAACCCAACAUGUGUGAGGGUGCAACCCACGAGUAUUUAAAAUGAAUUAUGUAAUGUGACUGUAGAAGUGCCAUAUUCCUAAAAUCUUGUUUUGUGUGUGUCC